AUGGAGCUCAGCCCUAUCCUUCACCUGUCUCCAAACGUGGCAGGCUCGAACGAUGUGCUGGCUGAUGAUCCCUGGAGUGAACCGAAACCGUCGCACAAAAGACUUUUCGGCGAGAAAGGCUGGCUUGGGAAUAAUGCAGAUCUGAAAGAGCUGGCCGAGGGUAAUCACAAAACAUUUGGCUUGCGUAGAUUCGGCAAGAAGCUCAAGAUGCAGGUCGAAGAGUUGGUAGAAGACCUGGUAAGUGGGUCACCAUGCAUUGAUGAUGGACUGAGUUCUGACAUGCAUCUGCGAAGACCGCCUCUCCGACAGGAACCUACAAGGGCCGUUCUGAUCUCCCUGGACGCUCCGACCCAAGCAAGACUUUACUCACAAUUGGAGGUCAUGAUUUGCGUCGCUGCCAACCGGUUUCUCGUGCAGCAGUGCAAUCGGGGUCUGUUGUCCGAUGAAUCCAUCUCCAAGAUCAGCAAUUAUUGGGCUGCGAAGAACCGACCAAAGGUAGUUGAGUUUCAUUACGACCAAGCGACUCAGCGCCAGUUGAUUCUAUCAAACCUUCGAACAAUUCAAUUCCAUGGACUCAGCGCUACCAACUCGAUCCAGCUGAGAAUAAAUCUGAACAACUGGAAAGCCAUUGGGAAGGAGAUGGGCAUUCGCACAUUUUGCGCGCCUGAUAGUGCCAUUCGCAAACACGUAUUCGACAUCCGUAAUAUUCUUGAGAUGCUUGGAGCACCCCUGGAAACCAUGCGGGAUUUUGAAGUCGUGCAGGUUCAGGUUUUAUUGCUGAUGGAACCUGAUUGA